CCAAGUGAGAUCUUUGCAUAAUAGAUACGCAUCCUCUUUUUACUUCGCAUUCAGCGUAACCGUCAUUCCGGAAACAGAUAUCAUGACACAGGUAGGCCUGCUCGGCAUCUAGCUUUCGGAGAGAGAAUUUUCAUAAGAGUUGUGGAUGAAGAUGACACGUUAAACCCUUGGGCAUGGUAUACGGAAACCCCGGUUAGACCCCCAAUUCUCAAAGAUUUACCAACUGGUUCAAACCAGAAUAUCCGGAGUGUAGGAACUAUAGUUCCAACAAACAGGUUGAGUGACCUCUCUGCUAUCAGUUCUGCCGUAAAAGGGACUCCGAUAAACGCAUUUUUGGCGUAUCUCCGCAGGUUUCGUCUUCCGUUUUAACGGCAGUCACUACGCACUAAAAAAAUUCCUGACUUAUCUUGCACAGCUCGAUAAGGUGUGAGAUGCGGACGCACAUAUUGCAGUUGAACAAAAACACGAACAAUCUGAAAAGGGCAACAGACGAGUAGAGCAAUUUCGUCGGAGUAUCUGUAAAGACUUCUCGGUUUCAACCAAACAACUUCAACGUUUAUCAACCACUCCGUCAUCGCAACAGCAUUAAUUGAGCUCAUUCCGGACAUGGACUGCGCCAGAUCCCUCCUAUGUCUGCUCCUGCUGCACUGCCUGAUGACCACCAUCCAUUCUGCUGGCACCUGCAGAAUGUCAUUCCAAAGAAUCGAGGUACAGAAGGACGUAGUGCUGGCCAGCGGCAAGGCAGCCGUCUGCUUCGGCACGCCAACGGCCUCCUCGUGCAUCGGAGGGUGUCCGUCCUUUACUGCAUCCUCCAUCCAUGAGCCAACAGGAUUUACCAAGAAAUGCACCUGUUGUCGCGAGACACAGAUGAUGUCACAGUCGGUCGUCCUUUCACCGUGCUUCGAUCCCGAGGACGGCGAGUUGAUUGAAGAAGAUUUCAUGGACGAAUUUCAACAGCCGUCGGGUUGCGAGUGUGGACCGUGCACCCUGUGAACCGGUAACGACUGAUUGAUGCACACACUGAUAACGUGGGAUGGACGUGAAAUAUGGUGGUCCUUAGAGGACAACGCAUUUAUUUUUUCUUUAUUGCAUUGCGAAAACAUAUUAUGUAUUUUUUUUCAAGUAAUCAAGAAUUUCUUUAUUUAGUAAUGGGCAACAACUCAGGGCAUCGAAUUUAAUUUUUUUAAUCGUGACUUUGCAAAUAAUUAAAGACAUUUGGCAUUAUAAAUUCAAUUUUCAAGUUCAGUUGCUAAAAUUCAACCAACAAAAUGUGAUGCCCAGAUGAUGUUAUUAAUAUUGUAUGCCUUCUUCAUAAGUAGGCCUACUGUAAUACUUUCUUACAGUGUACGUUCCACUUAAACAUUUUCAAAAGACUUUCCUUAUUUUCUUUAGAGAGUUAUAGGUACAAAUUUCAAAUGCCAUCUCGUCCAUUAUUGGGCAUUUCAAACAUGUACUAAUACGUUUGCAUCUACAUCUACUUCGCUUUAAGUUGCUGUCCAUGGACCUUACUCACGAGGAAGCCAAGGAAGAAAUGUAUUUUAUAAACUGUCAACUGUUGAAUGGGAUGGUGCCAGACUAUUUAUGCAUUCUAGCCUCACUUUUAAUUUUGUUUUUAAAUGUGGCUUAAAACAUUUGGGUACGUUU